GCUAAUACAUAGUCAUACUGCUAUUUUCUUAGCUUUAUGAUUGUCGACACCAGUUUGUUUUAAUAUUUAAACAAAACCAUCAAGUAUCAAUGUGUUAACUGUUGAUGGCUUCUGAUCGCGAAAUGUUCAAGAGUUGGGAUAAACAAGGAAAACACGAUUUCUUAAAGCUUUGCACAAAGCUGUGCAAUGUCCCUGACACAAGCCCUGCGUUUGCAAAGACUGGAUACGUAUCAGAAUUCAGCAGGGCAGUUCACAAUCUGAUAUGGAGUGGUGUCAAAGGAGUGUUAAAGAAGGAUGCUGUCGUUUCUAUGAUAUCAGAACUGGUUCCUUUACACAAGGACGUGGCAUCUGUAAUCCUAGAUGUGAUCAAUGUUGUGGACGCUGAGACCAGCGCCAUGGAGACAUCUGGGGACGAGAGAGCUGUUCUCGGAUACAUCAUCAAGGUGUCUGAAAAGAUUUUUACUGACAAGCUUCUAAAGGAGCGACUAGAAAUUGACUCUUUGCAAGAAUUCAAGGUUCUCAAUAAUCGUAAUUUCUACACUAAGUUCAUCAAAGUGAAAACAAAGUUGUACUAUAAACAGAGGAAGUUCAACUUGUUCAGAGAGGAGAGUGAAGGUUAUGCCAAGCUGUGCACUGAACUCAACCAGAUCAGUUCAGACAAUAAUGUCUUGGAACAUAUCAAGUCACUUAUAGGUUAUUUCAACCUGGAUCCAAACAGGGUACUGGACGUGAUGCUGGAUUCGUUUGAAGAUAGACCAGAACAAGUGGACUUCUUUAUACCUCUUAUUCAAAAUUACAUGUCUGACUCCAAGACACUGGCAGAAGUGAUUGCAUUUAAGUUUUCCUUCUAUCCGAACUCUACGAUACCACAUUCCCUCUACAUUGUCACAGCACUGAUGCUUCAACAUGGUGUGAUCUCACUGGAUGAUAUUUACCCCUGGCUGAGUCCAGAUGACAAAAUCAUCACACGGGACUGGGAGAAAGAAAUAAAGAAAGCCAAGGAACACAGUAGGAAGCUGAAUAUACUUUCUGCUAAACAUGAAAAGGAUAGUGAACAGUCUGAAGAGAAGGAAGACGAGUCGGACAAGUUCCAGCAUGCGAGGAACCAGAAGUUUGGACUGUGUGAGGCUCUAUUGGAGGUGGGUGACUGGGCCAACUGUCAAGUAUUGAGUAAGCGGCUACCAGACUUCUGUGUCAUGGAUCAGCCUCCGAUAGCAAAGGCACUGUGUCAGCUGAUCAACUCACUCAUAGAGCCUGUCUACAGAAAGCAUAGUGGUCUGGGUCCCAAAAUCCCAGGUCGCCCUGUGCCUCCACCCAAGAGUCGCCUCGCCCCGCCGCAGGCUUUCACACUGCUAGACCUACGCAACGACGUGAUGCCCAUGUUAUAUGCUCUGGGCCCUGCCCUACACCAAGAUCCGGUACUCGUGUAUAAAAUAGUCAGAAUCUUGCGCUCUGCUGUGGAACAGGCUAUCUCAGAUGGUGUGAGAUAUCCAUCAGAAGAUUCUUUGUACUGGGAUACUAUCUCUCUGUUGGACCUGGUGAUACUGCCCAGCCUCUCCUGUAUGGACGCCAACUGUUGUGUGGCAGAUCACAUCUGGAAUGUGGUCAAACUCUUCCCCUACCAGACCAGGUAUUCUCUAUACAGCCGCUGGAAGAACGAGACACCUUUACAUCAUGCCAAGUUAUUAAGAAGAAAAACUGAAACACAAAAAAAGAUCAAAAACAUCAUGAAGAGAGUGACCAAAGAAACCAUUAAGCCUAUGGGACGACACAUAGGGAAAUUGACCCACUCUGCUCCUGGGAUGUUCUUUGACUACAUGCUGAUUCAGAUCCAGCAGUAUGACAACUUGAUAGUCCCGAUGGUAGAUGCCCUCAAGUACUUGACCACCAUGUCAUACGAUGUACUUGGAUAUUGUAUUAUCGAGGCUCUAACCAUUAGGGAAAGAGACAGGAUCAAACACGAUGGAACUUCCAUCUCACUUUGGCUACAGAGUUUAGCCCAGUUUUGUGGCUACAUCUUCAAGAAGUAUAACAUAGAAUUGACUGGACUUAUGCAGUACCUGGCGAACCAGCUCAAAAUGGAGAGAAGCCUGGACAUGCUGAUUCUUAAUGAGGUGGUGCUGAAGAUGGCUGGCAUUGAGGCUGCUGAGGAGAUGAGCAGUGAUCAGCUGGAGGCAUUUUUUGGAGGAGACCUACUCAAAGGCGAGGCAGGAUACUUCUCCCAAGUGCGCAACACCAAGAGGUCCUCACUAAGACUCAAGGAGGCACUGGUAGAGGACAACCUGGCAGUGGCUCUGUGUCUGCUCAUGGGUCAGCAGAGGUACUCCAUCAUCUACCGGGAGACAGACAAGAGCCAUCUCAAAUUUGUUGGAAAACUUUACGAUCAGUGUCAAGACACCCUUGUGCAGUUUGGAACAUUCCUGGGUACCAUGCUAUCCAUGGAGGAGUAUGUUACCAAGUUGCCCUCCAUACACUCCAUGUUGCAAGACUAUCAUAUCCGCAUGGACGUCGCCUUCUUUUUGGCCAGACCCAUGUUCACCCAUUCGAUCAAUCAAAAGUUUGAGCAGUUACGCAAGGCAGACCCCAACAGUAAGAAGUCCACGGCAACAAAGACAGCUAAGUAUUGUGAGGCGGUCGCAGAAGUUAUGGGUCCUGUAGCAGAUAGUGUGAGGCCUCUACACCCUCCAAAGGUAUGGGAGGACAUCAGCCCUCAGUUCCUGGUCACUUUCUGGUCCCUCACCAUGUACGACCUGUUCGUGCCAGUGCAAGCCUAUGACCGUGAGAUAACCAAGAUCAAGGCAACACAAACCGGCGUCAUGACCUCCAAGGAUCUGCCCCCCAACAAACAGAAGAAAGAAAUUGAGAGGUAUAGCGCUCUGAUAGAAAAGCUGCAAGACGAAAAAAAGAAACAACAAGAACAUGUUGACAGAGUGAUGGCUCGACUGAAACAGGAGAAGGACAGUUGGUUCCUGUCCCGUAGUGCCAAAUCUGCCAAGAAUGAGACCAUCACACAGCUGCUGCAGUUGUGCUUGUUUCCUCGAUGUAUCUUCACCACUGUAGAUUCACUGUAUUGUGCGAAGUUUGUGCACAUUUUGCACAACUUACAAACAGCUAACUUCUCCACACUCCUCUGCUAUGAUAGAUUGUUUUGCGAUAUCACCUACUCAGUGACCUCAUGUACAGAGAAUGAGGCUAACCGCUACGGACGUUUCUUGUGUGCAAUGCUUGAAACUGUUAUGAGGUGGCAUUCGAAAAAAGAAAUCUUUGAAGAGGAAUGUGCCAGCUACCCAGGCUUUGUCACCAAGUUCCGUGUAAGUAACCAGUGUUCUGAGAACAACGACCAUGUUGGCUAUGAGAACUAUCGCCACGUCUGUCACAAGUGGCACUACAAGAUCACUAAGGCCAUAGUUGUAUGUCUGGAGUCGAAAGAUUAUGUACAGAUUCGAAACUCUUUGAUAAUCUUGACAAAUAUCCUGCCGCACUUCCCCGUACUUUCCAAGCUCUCAAUAUGCAUCGAGAAGAAGAUUGAUAAGAUCAAGGAGGAUGAGAAGGUUAAUAGACAGGACCUGUUCACCUUGGCUCAGAGCUACGGGGGCAUGUUGAAGGCCCGUGCGCCCUACAUCAUGCGAGAGGCAGACUUCCAUCAGGUCAGCGACCCCAAGGCACCACCCAAGGCCGCAGAGCCCAAAGCUGAGUCAACGCCUCAGAACCAGACGUCUUUGGUGGGAGGAGGAGGAGGGUCCUUUACUAGAAACCUCAAUGGAGAUCUCAAGUCAGAUAAAACACCUGUUGCGGUUGUGUCGUCCACUGUGAAGGAGAGUAGCAGGGAGAAGAAGAUGAACAGGUCUUCUGUAGGCUCUCUGUCCCCAGUGAAGACUGAGACUUCUGGCUCUGCACAGAAAUCUACAAAGGAUAAGUCAGAGAAGGCCAGGGAAAAAGAACUGCUAGAAAGAGAAAAACAAAUAAGAAAGGAAGAAAGGAGAGAAGAAGCUAGACGAGAGGAAGCAAAAAAGAGAGCAGAGGAAAAGUCAGCCGAGGAGAGAACUUCAAGAGAAAGAUCUUCCGACAGAUACAGGGAGGACAGAUUCACAGAGAUGCCACUCAGUAAAGAUGGAGAGUUGACGACUAGAGGUUCCUACUCCAACUACUACCCGUCACAAGACAGUCAGCUCAGCUCAGUGUCCAAUAGCAGUUCAGGGUCCCUGCACCAUCCCCCACCCGACCAAGACAGAGAUUCAAAGAGAAAGAAGGUUGAAGCCAGCAGUUCCUCGAAGAAGCACGAAGAACGGAAAGUGUCAAGCGGUGAAGUGCCAUCAAAUACUUCGGAAAGGGUGGAGAAAAAGGAGCGCAGGGAAAAGUUAAAGAAAAGUUUGAGAACCCCUUUAGAUGAAGAAAAAGAAUUAAAAAAAGAAAGAAAGCUGAACAGGAAAAGGGACAGAGCUGAAGAAAUGGCUCUAGCUGCUGCGGAACAGAAAAGAAGAAAGAGCGAAGAAAAAGGUUCAUCCAAAGUAACGUCCAGCCACCAAAACGGGGAUCAUGGAGAUUCUCAUAGAGACAAACGUCAAUUUCAAAAGGAGAAGUCACCUUACGUUAGAGAGAGAGAACGAUCUCAUGACAGAGAAGGCAGAGAUAAACACAGACGUUCCGGUGAUGCAAAGAGAAGGUGAUUUGGAUCUAUUCUGGAUAGAAGCUACAAUUUUUUUAGUUUGUGUUAAGAAAUGUAUAAUUCAAUUUUUUAAAUAAACCAAUGUAAAAUGUUAUCGUGUAUAGCAAUAUUUUGGUUUUAUUGUAAUACCACCUAGAU